AUUAAUGACAUAUCAAGCCGACAAUAUUGUUUAUAGAUUGUGUUUGAGCGUGUUUUUCAUUUCCAAUCACUGAUUUCAACAGUUUUAAAGCAAAUACAAUCGGAAAAUGACGACAGUUCCAAUCUCAGAUUUCGGACCCGACUCUGGUGGUCGUGUAAAGGGAGUAACCAUUGUGAAGCCAAUUGUUUACGGUAAUGUGGCUCGGUCGUUUGGAAAAAAGCGUGAAGAAGAUGGUCAUACACAUCAGUGGACGGUCUAUUUGAAACCAUACAACAAUGAGGAUAUGUCGACUUGGGUGAAAAAAGUCCAUUUCAAAUUGCACGAAAGUUAUGCGAAUGCCAAUCGAACGCUGACCAAACCGCCAUACGAAGUGACGGAAACCGGUUGGGGUGAAUUCGAAGUUGUGAUUAAAUUACAUUUCCAUGAUCCAAAUGAACGUCCCGUCACACUUUAUCACAUUCUGAAAUUGUUUCAAUCGCCAAUUGUUGAAGGGGAAAUUUCGAGCCAAGACACUAAAAAGGGACUCGUUUCCGAAUCAUAUGAAGAAAUUGUGUUUCAAGAACCAACGCAGUACAUGCAACAAUGUCUCAACAACUCGAAACCAAUUGCUGACGGUCAAUACACACACGAUACAGAUUUUGAAGAUCUGAUCUCACGCACUCUGGAGAAUAUAAUCGAUGUCAAAGGAAAGGUGAAACAAGAAAUUACCGCACUCAAAGAUAAAUUGACACUGGCUCGUGAAACAAUCGGUCGAUUCAAAAGUGAAUUGGCCAAAGUUCAAGGAACACCAACUCCCGUAGGCAAUACAACACCACAACCAAGUCAUUGACCUCAUCAGCGCAAAUUUUUUUGUAUCAUCCCAAUACCAAUUUAAGAUUCAGUUUAAUUGUUUUUUUUUUCUCCCUCUUCAAUGUGAAUCCAUUUUCUUGGUUUUCCAAUUCAAACAGUUUCGUCACAUGACUGUCAACGAAAUUUAUAAUUGCAAAAUAAUAAUUUAAAAAAAAACAGACAUGUUUUUUGUGAAUAAUGA